AUGGAUGUGGGGCCUGAACCUCCAACCACCCAACAAAGUGACCAGAGUGCUUUGACCGAUGAAGCUGCCCGUAAACGUCUAUGGCGGCUCUGUAAGCGUGGUGCUGAUGGGACUCUGCAGGUUCCAGAGGAAAUCCACAAAAUGUACAUGGAGGGUGGAAGAUCCAAGACCAAGCUCUUGAAGAUGCUUGUUGAUUCUGGCUUCGACAAGGAGCGGUUUGUUUCCAUGGUUACCGCCGUGUCCGAGCAGAAGGAACAGGUCAAGUUCAAAUGCUGGGCUGGCUGGGCAUCGGAAGAUAAGAUGCGUGAUGACUUACAUAUGAAAGAGAACCUUGCCUGUACUAAAGCAACACCAGUGUGCUUCUUAUAUUGUCAUUUCCUAUAUAUGAUAUAUAUAUAA